AUGGCGAUGAAGAGCGGUUUCAGAUUUUGCACCUCCAAGCUACUGAGUCCUUCUCCAUCGAUUGCCCCCAAAUCAGUGAAUAGAGGGAUUCACUCAACAAGCGCGAAGAAUAUGGGAGGAGGACACGGGCAUGACGAGCCUUACUACCUUCACGCAAAGCACAUGUACAACUUGGACCGUAUGAAAAACCAGAAACUUACAAUGACUCUCGGUGUCCUUACUGCAUUCAGCAUCGGUGUUGGGGUACCCAUCUUUGCAGUUAUCUUUCAGCAAAGGAAAACUGCCUCGGCAUAA